CGCUUCGAUCGCCAAGACUGAUACACGCGAAGAUCAUGGCUACAUCUGCUUCGUCCUCGCCAAUCAUCGGCGUCAUCGGCGGCUCUGGUCUCUACAAGCUCCAAGGGCUCAAGGUCAUCGAGCAGAUCGACGUCAAGACGCCUUGGGGAUCACCUUCAUCCCCUAUCACUAUCUCUCAGACCCCAAAUGGAGUCCACGUUGCCUUCCUCGCCCGACACGGUCACCACCAUCAGCACUCUCCCUCCAUCGUGCCCAACCUGGCCAACAUCGCCGCCCUCAAGUACAUUGGCGUGAGGUUCAUCGUCGCAUUCACCGCCGUCGGAUCACUCAGAGAAGAGGUCAGACCAAAGGACUUUGUUGUACCGGACCAAGUCUUUGAUCGUACAAAGGGCAUCAGGAGAGCCAGCUUCUUUGGUGCAGGUGAGGAGGAAGGGAUCGUUGCCCAUGCUGGCUUUGGACAGCCGUACGAUGAGGAGGUGCGCAAAUUCGUUGCAGAAACGAUCAAGGAUGUUCUCACCUCCUCCUUCCCCGAUGUACAAGUUCACGCCAACAAGACGCUCGUGUGCAUGGAAGGUCCCCAAUUCUCCACCCGCGCCGAGUCAUUAGCAUACAGGCAGCUCGGGGGAGACAUCAUCAACAUGUCCGUCCUGCCCGAGGCCAAGCUUGCUCGCGAGGCCGAGAUCGGAUACGUGACCGUUGCAACUUCGACCGACUAUGACUCAUGGAGGGACACCUCGGGACCCGUGGACGUCGCCGAAGUCAUGGCUUCGCUCAGUCAGAAUGUGGCUGCCUCGAACGAGGUCUGCCUCACCCUGCUGGACAAGCUGCAGCCUCUUCUCGAGAGCAGAAAGGGAAAGGCAGGAGGCAUCUCCGGACUGGAGGGGUCGAUGAAGAUGGCCAUCAUGACCAAGCCCGAAUUUGUGGCCCAGAAGAUCCAAGACAACAUCAAGUUUGUACUGGAGUGGUAUGGCCAAUGAGUAGAAGGACAGUGUCGUGUAGGGUUUUGGUGCCGGACUAUAGACUUGAUCAAUACUAGAGCUUGAGCCAGCGUGAUCCGUUACGCGCUAAUCAGAAUGUGACUGAUACAAUAAUAAAGAAUGCAAAAGGAGCUCGUUGGUUGUUACAGUAUGUUUGGAGGCAAUACAGAUCACCUCGG